AUUUUUUUUCAUAACUAAUCGGGGUCGUGGAUUCAAAAAUCAAAACCCUAAGCGCGAAACACAAACCAAACAACACCAACACAAAACAGCACCAAACGACACAACACAAUAAGUUCCACAACACAAUAAGUUCCAACAUAUCAGAUUCCUAAUUAUGUGCAGGGAUAAUUAAAGAGAUGCAUACAUCGAUAUGAAGUAGACACUUGUGUCAGGAUAGGGAGGUCUGGGAGGAGAGUUAAAACCUUGUAAAGAUGGAGAGGAAGUGUGCUGAUGUCUUAAAGGAGGCCCUGAUGCUCCACACCAAGGAGAUCAAUGAUCUAGUUCACAAUGCAGAGCACUGGAAACAGAAAUGUGAAUCUCAACAAAACCACAAACAGAGACUUCAGGAAGAGUGUAAAGCUCUUGAAAAUAAAAUCAUUGGUAUGCAGAGCACAAUAGAGAGUUUGAAAGAACAGAUCCAGGAUCUAAAAGAAAGCCACAGGGAAAGCUCCGGCUUGAGGUGUAGAAUGUGUGACCACCUGCAGCGGAUGAAUGACAGUUUGAACGAGGCAUACACCAACAAUAUAAGAGAGAAAGACCGAAGGAUAGCUGACCUUGAAAACCAGCUGUUUGAAUGCACAAAGAAUUUGUCAUUAGAGAAGACUUGGACCUCAUCAAAUAAUACUCCACAUAAACCAAGGAGACAACAGAAAACAUCCCUCAACACAAGUUUAAGAAGUGAAAGCCCAGAUUCAACAAGUCGCAACACCCCAAACAAACCCAACACAGUAAAUAAAGAAGCAGUCACAGCAACUAUAGACAACAGGAGUAUAGAGUCCAACUCGAGCGAGAGCACCAAAGUCAACAAUGAGGAAAAGGGUCCAAAGUUACGCCUCCGCACUCGCAAACGAAACAGAUACACUGAGGAUCCUUCUCCUGAAAACAAGCGACAAAAAAUUCAUCCCAAAGACUACACUGAGGAAGAAUCCAGCCAGUUGUUGGUUCCUGAAACUUGUGACCCAGAUAUCAUAGCUGUGGAUCAUGAGGAAUCUCCAGGAGAGGAGGGGGAACAUCAUCGCAUCCCAGACACAGAGGCUGGUGUGGAAGUGACCACAACGUCUGACAGUGAGUCAGACCCAGGACAUGAGGGGACAGGGAACCGAUACAGUCUCCGUAGUUCUCUCUUCAGUCCUUCAUCUGAAGAGUCUGAUACAAUCCUCAAAUCUCCAAAGAGAAAGGCAGCAGACAAGAAAACAGGACAGUGCCAUUUAGAGGAAGUUAAGAAGAAAACGAGUGAAAAGGACAGUAAUUCUGACAAGAAACUACCAUUAGUGGAGGGAUGUGAUGGCUACGUUCAAUCCUCACCCAUAUUCCAGGUAUACAAGAAGUCUAAUUUAGAAUCUCCAGAUAUAAAAAAAACAGACACUGGGUUGGAAUCUGACGCUGAAUCUCCAUUACUGCUGAAGAUAAGCAAGAACUUGGAUGAAAAAGGAGCAAAAGAAGGUAGCCCUGCCAAGUCUCGAUUGUUUGAUGAAGACUGUGAGAGUAUUGUGUCUCCUGUUGCUAACAGUUCAUUCAGUAAAUUCAGGAGUCUGUCUCAGGGCAGCAGGCAGAGAGGGAGACUUAACCAGAGUAAACUGUCAUGUCCUGAGGAGAGGAAGAGGAAGUCAGAGAACGGUGAGAGUUGGCUGAACUCGACUAAGCCAGCAGUAAAGGAUUCCCCGACCCUGAGACAGAGUACACUGAGUCAGAUGUUUAUGAAUGUUCCCACAAAACCCCAGCCAGAAAAGUCCUCAGAAUCAGAUGAUAUCCAGAAGGCCAUUGAACUGUCUCUAAGAGACCAGGAAAAAGGUAGGAGUGAAUGUGCAGAUGUGGACGGGGCACAGAAAGAAAAUCUGUCACCAUUCAAACGACCCAUAACACCAAGGAAAUGUAAAAAAUCAGCUGGUAAUGUCCUCAGUUUCAAAAACAGAAAAAGGAAAAAUAGACACACCCCUAUUGACUGUGACCCUGAUGAGACUGUUCCCCCUGGGUCAGUGGAGAUAUGUCCAGAGCCAGCAUCUGUGGGGGUUCCUCUGAAUGGAAGCAUUGACCCAGUGGUACAACUGUCUGUGCUGUGUGAUGACUCUCAGAGUCUGAAGUCUGACGAUUUACCCGACAUAGAGCCCUAUACAGAGGAAGACGGAGCAGGGAACAUGGAGUCCUAUACGGAGAUCGACAGAGCAGAAAACAGCUCACAGAUCGGGAACCUGACAGAUUUCAGAAUCGAGGACUUGAGAAAGGCUCCUAAUCCACUUACCUCCACCUAUAUUGAUGUGGAGAAUCCACCUCAUGGAGUGGAGGAUGGCUCCCUAUCUGUUCCCUGUAGUGCAGUGUUAAGCAGUGGACAGAGAAAAAUUAUUAGGAUUCCUGACAACUCAGAGGAUUCCAAUAGUGAAAGUUUGAUUCCAAAUCAUGAGGAUAGCUUUGACAGAGUACCUGGUAAGGAGCAGCCGAACUUUGCUCAUGUGGACGUCGUCAGGAAGCAAGACGAGCGCCGACGUCUGCCGGCUCACAAAUGUGAGGAGUGCCGAGAGUACUUUGAGGGGAUGGGCCUGUCUGAGGAGGAGAUACAGAAGAGACUCCAGACGUGUUCCAGACACCGUGCCAAGCAUGCCGCUCCUGGAACUCCGGAACAUUUCUGGGACAUCGGGAUGGAGGACACUUUGGAGUGUGAGGAAAGAGGAUAUGUGAACACAAAGGAUCCAGAUGAAGGCAAGCCGAGGUUCAGGAGGAAAAGACAACUGAAUAAAAUGUUUAAGUCUAAAAAAGAGGAAGAAGGAUGAAACCAGGGGCAGCAACUCAGGAAAUCAUUUGAAUAAUUUACAUGUAUACCAGUAUGUGAUUUCAGGGACCAGAAAAUAUUUUAGCAAAACUUGCUCAAAACUGACUUAAUUCUUUAUUUAUUUUAACUGUUGUUUUUGUUUCAUGUGUAUAUUAAUUAUACACAGUCAAAUAUUUCAAGUUGUACAUGUAUUGAAUUUACUAAUAUAUAUAUAUAUAUAUGAACUGGUAUAUUUCAAGUAUUAUUUACCCGACUGUAAAACAGACUAAA